AUGUUUCAAGUUCCGUCCUUCAAAUCUUUCAAGCUCUUCUCCUGGGGUGAGAAGCAAGCUAUUGAUAUCCCGCCCGUCAAGACCCAUGACCUUGAGAACGCUCAGGAGAAGAAUGCAAGGGCGCUGAAGCACUUGCUGAAGCUCAACCAUGCCAACCAUGCCAUUCUAUGGAAUAAUCGAAAGUUCCAUAACCACGCCCCUCAUCUUCUCGGCGCUGCGUAUCUCCAGGGUGCGGAUGCUGAGGAUUUAACCCGGCUCUAUGAAUCAGAGUCCAAAUUGCUGGAAGAGUGGGACGACUCACCUGCCGAAGUAACAGAUGAGGACUGGAGGGAUCAUUUGGGACGACGAGAAUAUCAGAAGGCUUUUGUGGACUUUUUCGAAGAUGAAAUGAGCGACGAGCCUAUCUUCAAUUCCAUCAUGGCUGACCUCGGCCAUCCGUUGAUCCACCUCGCCUAUGCGUAUGAAAUGUCCAGCCGUGAGGUUGCAAUGGAAGCGCUCGGAAUGACUUCGAUCUGCUACAACAACAUACACAAGUAUCUGGAAAAUCCCGUACUAUCACAAGCCGAAGCAUCCUACCAUUCGACAUCACUAUUCGAAAUCAUCGACAACGUCCGAUCCGACAAGAAGCUCGAUGGACUCUUCGUCACUCCAGGUGACCACAACCUCGAGAAGCUCUUCGAGAGUCAUGAAGCCCUUCUUCUCGACCACUGGAACGCGUGGAAUAUCGAAAAUCCAGUCGAGCAGUUCCGCGAGAGCCAGGAGCUCGCGACUGCACUAUUUGCCGCCACGCAUAAAAACUCAACUGAAAAUUACGACUUUUUCUUCGUCCAUAUACUGACAACCAGUCACGCUGUGCGUGUGCUUUUGCCUUUAAUCCCGGCCAAAUUCCAAAUUCCUCUCGUUCGCCAAUGGUGGCUUGUCACAUUAGCGAUUUUCAUCGCCCAAAUGCGCCCAGAGAUAAACAUGGAUACGAUUCGUGGCUACGACCUGAAGGGAAGGGAUUGGACCUGGACUGCGAAGCAAGCUGUUAAGGGAGAACAAUCGACCGAAUCGCACUACCCCAAGGCUCUUAGAGCGCUGCAGGAAAGUGCAUCCACUUGGACCGACAAUGAUGGCUUUUACUUGAAGGCGGCUGUCAAGUUUGCUGAAGAGUUCAAUGGAUGGGGUGGCUUUGUUUAA